AGGGUUUUGGACUAUUGGGUCCUGAGUGGCGUUGAAAAGCUGCCGCUAUAUAUUAUUGGCCAGACCCCUUUCACCAGAGGCGUUACAAGGCGUGCUCGAAGUAUGCCAAGUAAACCUUAUCAGUGAGAAUGGUGUUCUAAAAGUAAAACUGACCUUAAUAAUGCGAGCGGAUCUUCUACUGAACCGGCAGUUUUAAGAGUUUACUGUGCAAGAUCAGUUGUGAUGGCUACUACUGAAAUGGAAUCUGGGUCUUCAGAAAGCAGGUCGGAGCAAGGAUCAUUGGACCCUGAUUCGAAAUACCCUCUUAAAGUUCUGUAUUGCGGAGUGUGCUCCCUACCUACAGAGUACUGCAAUUACAUGCCCGAGCCAGCCAAAUGUAGGCAGUGGCUUGAGAAGAACUUUCCGGAUGUGUUUGCCAAGAUGACUGUUGGUCCGGCAGGAAAUGCUCCCAAACAGGAAUCCGGAACUGGAGAAGCUCCCCCUACAGGUGAAGAGGAGGAGAAGAAAAAGCAAAAACGAGGUGGAAGAGGCCAAAUCAAACAGAAAAAGAAGACGGUGCCUCAGAAAGUCACAAUAGCAAAAAUCCCAAGAGCAAAGAAGAAAUAUGUCACACGAGUGUGUGGCCUGGCAACAUUUGACAUUGAUCUUAAAGAGGCUCAGCGAUUCUUUGCUCAGAAGUUCUCUUGUGGUGCCUCAGUUACAGCCGAGGAUGAAAUAAUCAUUCAGGGAGAUUUUACAGAUGACAUAAUUGACGUCAUUCAAGAAAAGUGGCCUGAGGUGGACGAUGACAGCAUUGAUGAUCUGGGUGAAGUUAAGAAGUAGAAGACCAAAUAUGCACUUUCACUGGGAUGGAUGUGACCUGUAACAUCAAUAACAACUUGGCCAAAUGUACACAUCAAGUCAUUUUAUACUUAUUUUAUUUACUGUACAUAAAAAGGUGCAGACUUGGCCACUCACUUGGCAGUUUUCUUUUUUUUUUUUAGUUAAUAGCUGCUUUCUCUUGUUUGCCAAAGGCGUGGUAUGAAUUAAGUCCUUCACAAAUGUUCUUCACUCAAGCAAACUGUAGGCUAAUAAAUUCCCGUCUCCUCUG